GGUCUAAAUUCAAGUCUUUGUUUAUUCUCCGGCGAAACGUGAAUCGAGUGCGAAAAAAUCAUUUUUGCAUAAAAUGGUUGAACAGACUGUUAUAACUGAAGAUGAAGCUGCGUUAUAUGAUAGACAAAUUCGUCUAUGGGGUUUAGAUGCACAGAGACGAUUGAGAGCUGCUAGAGUCUUACUGAUUGGUGUUCGAGGUCUUGGAGCAGAAGUUUCCAAAAAUAUUGUCCUUGCUGGUGUGAAGUCUUUGACAUUACUUGAUCAUACUAAGGUAACAGAGGAAGACGCAUGUUCAAACUUCCUUGUGGCUAGAGCAGAUGUCGGCAAAAAUAGAGCGGAAUGUUCCCUGGACAGGACACAGCUGCUGAACCCAAUGGUGGAGGUAUCAGCGGACUCGGAGGAUGUAGGUGGCAAGCCUGAUGAUUUCUUCAAAAACUUUGAUGUGAUCUGUGCACUGUGCUGUAAACCUUCAGAACUGUUCAGAAUUAACAAAAUCUGUAGUGAAAACAAGAUCAAAUUCUACUGUGGAGAUGUGUUUGGUUACUAUGGUUAUAUGUUCUCAGAUCUUGGAUUUCAUGAAUAUGCUGAAGAAGUGCAGAAGAAGGUGGCCACAUCUUCAGCCUCAUCACAGCAGGACGGGGAACCAGCCACAAAGAAAGCCAAAACUGAGGAAAUAGAAACAGUUACUGUCAAAAAUUCAGCUCAGUUCACAAGAUUUAAAGAUGCUCUCGACGUGGACUGGAAAACAUCAGAAAAUGUGAAAAAAGUUAAAAGAACUCCGUCUGCCUAUUUUAUUAUGAAAGUGCUACUACAGUUUAUGGAGAAUAAAGAUAGACGACCGCAAGUGAGCUCAGUGUCUGAGGACAGUAAACUAUUAUCAACUUUAAAGUCUGAAGUUCUAGAACAAGUGGGAGUGAACAGUGAUCUCAUAGAUGAUGAAUUUGCCAGUAAAUGUUUUGCUGAGCUGAGCCCUGUAUGUGCAAUAGUGGGUGGAGUGCUUGGACAAGAAAUUAUAAAGGCUGUGUCUCAUAAGGAUGCUCCACAUAACAAUUUCUUUUUCUACAAUGGUGUGGAGGGAAGUGGACUGGUGGACAAGAUUGGCAGCUAGAUUAUCAAGGAGACCACUUCCACUUGUAUAAAGUGAUUACCUGUGCUACUUCUAAAAUCUGACAGUUGAGGAGAUUGUGGGACCAUGUUUACAUAAAAUAGCUGUUGUGGAUAAUGCCUUGUUUAUUUUCACAUAAAGAAAUGUAUUUUUUUCUCGGAUUUAGUCCUGGAAGGACUUACAUAAGGUUUUAGUCAUAGUUGACUUGGUGGCAAUGGAGUCAACAUGGCAACUUACAGGUUUAUUGUUGAAUGGGUAUCUUAGUUAUUACAAGUCUUUCUCUUUCAGAAGUAUCUUCUAAAGAAGUAACCUUGACAAAGUCUUUAUUUCGAGGAGAUACACAGCCUGACUGAAGUUUUGUCAGUGCUGUAAGAAGCUGUGUCUACAUGCCUCAUUGUUCUUCCUCUAUGUAAGAUGCUUCUACUUCUGUGACAUGACGAGGGCUUGGUGCAAAACUAUUGUAAGUGUAUAUAAAUAAAGAACAAGAUACAAUAGUUUUGCACCAAGCCCUUGAUUAUUGAUGUAUCUCAACUUUGUAUCAUUUGCAAUAGUUGCAAUAUUUUUCUAAUAAAUAAAGGCAAGAAAAUUCUUUCA